CGCGAGGAGCCCUACCUCGUCGAGUUCUACGGCAUCAUGUGCGAGCAGUGCGACGAGAUGCUCGGCCCCAUGCGGCGCCUCGAGAAGAAGCUGGGCACGAAGAUCCUCAAGUACGAGGUCUGGAACGACCCCGCGGCCUACAAGCUCAUGCAGUUCCUCGACAAGACGCCCGCGGGCCGGAGCCAGUGCGGCGGGCUGCCCUUCUUCUACAACCGGAAGACGGGCGCCGUCGUCUGCGGCGCGACGACGGAGGCGAACCUCGAGGACUGGGCCGCGGGCCGCAAGCACGCCGUCGUGCUCACGCCGCCGCCGUCGCCCGACCAGAUCAAGGUCCAGGGC